AUGAUCAGACAUUGGGCAAUCUUUUUGUUUUAUGCCAACUCCGUUUGUGCAUUAACCAAGGACAUUGUUCAACCAAACCCAGUGAUGGUUACUCACUGGGGAGCUAGUGUGAAUAUCACUUGCUUUUGGCCAACUGAUGUGAAUACCUAUGUUGUUUGGUUCAAGCAGACUCUUGGACAGAAACCCCUUCUCAUGACAUCGACACUUUCCAGUGGACAAUAUUUUUACUUCAACGACUUUACCAAGAAUUUCACUGAGACUAAACAUCUGAGUGUGAAGAGAGGAGUUGACAGCUUCAACCUGACCAUCUCUAAGACAGAGCCAUUGGAUUCUGCUACAUACUACUGUGGUGCCAUGAAAGUGGGCAAAGUCAAAUUUGGAGAUGGAACUUUAUUGAUUGUAAAAGGUUCAGAGUCCAACAGCAUGUCUGUGCACCAGCAGCCUGUGUCUGAGUCAGUCCAGCCAGGAGACUCUGUGACUCUGAACUGUACGAUACACACUGAGACCUGUGCAGGAGAACACAGUGUCUAUUGGUUCGGACAUGGCUCAGGAGAAUUCCAUCCAGGAAUCAUUUACACCCAUGGAGACAGGAGUGAUCAGUGUGAGAAGAGCCCUGAGGCUGGGUCUACUACACAGAGUUGUGUCUACAACCUCCCCAAGAGGAACCUCAGCCUCUCUGAUGCUGGGACUUACUACUGUGCUGUGGCCUCAUGUGGGGAGAUACUGUUUGGGAACGGGACCAAGCUGGAUGUUGACCAUGGUUGUAAAGAGGACCAUCUCCUCUUGGUGUACUGUCUGGGUGUAGCGUUGGCUCUUUGUGUCAUCCUCAUCAUUGUCCUUGCUUAUGUUUUGUAUAAGAUGAUCAAGAAAACCUCUCUACUGUGCAGAGGAAUGCACCCUCAGACAAGUGGUCUGGCAGUCGUUGGUUCUCAUAACCAGGAUCGAGAAGAUGAUGACACACUCACGUCGGUCCAUUACGCUGCUCUGAAUGUCAUCCACAAGAAGCCAAAGAGCCGGAGACAGAGGAGCACCAUGGAGAGAGACACUGUGUACUCUGGGGUGAGGUGCCAAAACAUGGACUGA